ACUUCUCGAGGGGAGAAGGCGCCGAGGGCUUCAAUUUCUGGUAAACCCGUUGAGCCCAAAAAGCUAAAACGCGAGCGACAACAAUGGCGUCAAUGUCGCGAGACGCCGGCCUCCAUCGCACGACACAGUUCUCCGCCGCAUUCGCCGUCGCUAUUUUCUCCCUCGCCGUCGUCGCCCACUGUUCCGACAAUAAUUCGGAGGUGAAUUGCAGCCGAAUCUGCGUGGCGGAGAACUGUAAUUCGGUUGGGAUUCGAUACGGGAAGUACUGCGGGGUAGGGUGGACCGGCUGCCCGGGAGAGCAGCCCUGCGAUGAUCUUGACGCGUGCUGCAAGAUUCAUGACGAUUGUGUUGGCAACAAAGGUAUGACCGAUAUAAAAUGCCACGAGAAGUUCAAGCGCUGCAUAAAGAAAGUACAUAAAUCUGGGAAGGUUGGAUUUUCUAAGCAGUGUCCUUAUAAUACCGCUGUGCCUACUAUGGUACAGGGUAUGGAUUUGGCUAUCUUACUGAGCCAGUUUGGCAACUCAAAGCUUGAACUCUGAUUUGCCGAAGAAGAGAGACAUUUCCAGGAGUGGAAUCAUAUAUAGCACCCCUACCUACAAUUUAUCUCCAACACCCGUAAAAAGGGGAGUGGAACACUUUUGAUAUAAAUGAACUAACUAUGAUCAAGUAAAUGGAUCCUCAGAUACCUGAUUUUGUGUUGCGUUACUGACUCUUA